GCUCAUACAUUGAAGACAAAGGAUCGAGAAAGAUCUCCAAUGAAUUCGCAAAAUGCUCUCAUCUUAAAUCACAACUCAUAUCUGCUCGGAAACUGAUUCUAACCAUGGUCGACGCAGUGAAACGCAUCAUACUUGCGAUUUUCGAAAAUGGCUAGUUCAUAAGAUUUUAAACAAAGACUAUUCAUUGCUUCAUCUGUCGAAAUUUUCCUUUUGCAUCUUUCCUGUAUAUUUUCUUAAGGACUCUCACUCUACUUGUUCUCUGGUUUAGAUUAUAUUUUCCUUUGCAUCAUAAAUAACCUUUCUUGCUUCUUCAAAGAUUCUAUGGUUGAAUCACAAUAAGAACCUCUUAUCAUCUAUUGCACCACCGCAUGAUCAGAAAGAUUAGGUUCUUGUAGGUCUCGUUGUACGUCUCUACGUAGUAUUAAGUUGUUCGUUGUAUUGCGAACAGGAGGAUUUGUUCUCUGAGAACCUAACCGAAUAGACUAGGAAAGAAAUCGCAUGAGUGCUGGCCCGCAUGAGUGUUCUUGCAACGCUCGAAGAACAAGAAGCGGUGGCGGUCGUCGAUGCAGAAUUCUCUUCUCACCUGACAAGCAGGAAAGCGCAAGCAACAAGGCGUGGGCAUGUUUAUGGGCAUGUUGUCCCGAGGAAGCAUCCCAACGUGGAUUUCGUUGUGCAGGAAGCAGAAGGACUCGCACUCCAUCAAACCGGAGCAACCACCAAGCUUUGACCAGGCCAAAACUGCACCAUCAUUGCCUGUAUGAUGCCCAUCAAGCCGCACGUGAAGAGCUUCAUGGGUCCUCCAUUAUAGCAUCGGCGCGCUUGUUCUUCCGGAGAAGAAGUAGAAGUACAAAGACGAAGACGGCUCCUCGUGGUACGAACAGAAGUGCUAGGUGGACGAUUAGGCAAAUAGAUGAAGUUGGAAGUUGA